ACAAGCCCUGAAAAUGGAUCAGCCCAGGAUCUCUGAUCGGUCUGAAACACAAGGCCCACUCAUCAAAACUUAAACCACCUGCAAACCUAUACACACAAAUUCUGUAAGUAUAUCAAGCGCACAAAAAUGGCACCAAAGAAGAAGCACCAGCAGAAGCACAAGCCAUCAUCAUCAUCACAGUCAUCAUCUUCCUCAGGUCCCAAACUUCAAAUCUCCGCCGAGAACGAGACUCGUCUCCGGCGACUCCUCCUCAAUUCCGGCCGCUCGACGCCUUCUCCGGCCGACGACUCGCUCUCCAAAGCUCAGAAGGCGAAGAAGCUUCGAACAGUUUACGAGAAGCUGUCGUGCGAAGGCUUCACUGAUCAGCAGAUUGAACUAGCUCUCUCUGCUCUUAAGGAGAAUGCUACAUUUGAGGCUGCUUUGGAUUGGCUAUGCUUGAAUUUAGAUGGGAAUGAGCUUCCUUCCAAAUUUUCCAGUGGCACUUCAUUACAUGCUAAUGAAGGUUCUGUUGGCAUACUAUCGAUUGCACAAGAAGACUGGAAACCUUCUGUGGAAUCAUCACUUGUUACUGAAGAUGAAAUGUCUAAGGUUUCUAUUCAAGUUAAGGCCCGGCAGGAGACUGACACUUUGGAUUCAUUGCAACCGUCUCAAGCAGAUUGGAUACGUCAAUAUGUUCAGCAACAAGAGGAGGCGCGCUGCUUAGAGUUCUUAUUGAACAAACUGCAGGAUGAAUUUGACACUUGGGAAGCUGAGGAGAUGAACAAGGUUUCCGCGGAUCAGGUUUUAAAAUCAAGGUCUGAUCCCGAUUCUAUUGUCAAAGAAUAUCAUGAUGCACGAUUAGAGGCUUUAAAUGCCAAACAGAGAGGAGACAGAAAAGGUCAGGAAGACGCAGGGAAAAUUAUUCGCAAGCUCAAGCAAGAGAUAUCUGCUUUAGGACUAUCUGAUGACCUCUUGUCCUCUGUGUAUGAAACUACUUACAACCACGGGUCUGAACAAACUAGCGAUUUACCGCCUUGCGAGCAUCUUAAUGAUAACAAUCCAUCUAACGCAGAAGAUGUGGUGGAGUCAAAAGUUGAGAAUGUUGACGAGAGCUGUAGCCCAAAAGAUAUUUCUGAGGAAAGUGUUAGUACUGAUAAAGGUGCUGUAGAAGAUGAAUCAGGAGAUAUAGAGCUAGGAAAUUUGCUCUUUGAAGACUCCUUACCCAACGAAGUGAUUCCUUCAGAAGUGAUGAAACUCCAAAAGAAAGAGAAGAUAAGAGAAUUAUCCUCUGGGAAGAACUUGGAGAAAUUAGAGGGCAUCUGGAAAAAGGGGGACCCACAAAAGAUUCCUAAGGCUAUUCUGCAACAAUUUUGUCAAAAAUUAGGGUGGGAACCACCUAAGUACAACAAAUUGCCUGGUAAAGGCCAGGGACCCAAAUACUCUGUCAAUGUACUACGCAAGGCUAGUGGCAGAGGUAAGAGCAGAAAAGCUGGAGGACUUGUUUCAUUUCAACUACCUACUGAAAAUGAUACUUUUAAAACUGCUGAGGAUGCACAGAAUGCAGUUGCAGCGUUCGCUCUUUUUAGCCUGUUUCCUGACCUCCCUAUUCAUGUAACAAUCACGGAGCCAUAUGCUUCAUUUGUUCUAGAGUGGAUUGAAGGGGAAUCCUCAGAAAUUGUAGAUGACAAAGCAGCAGACCGAAGGGCCGGAUUUGUAGAUUCAUUGUUGAACAUCGACAUAACUGAUGCUGUUCCACCUGCUGAACAUAUGAAUAGUCCUCUUAAGGAAAUGCAACAAAAACCUGAAGAAGGAAAUGGAAAUUCAGUUUCUGUUACUGCUGAUCCAAAGUCCAGAAGAUUCAAUCAAAUAGAGGCAGAGAGUUCUUAUCUGACACAGAAACAAGAGAACAAAAAGAAAACAGACAAAUACAAGGUGAUGUUAGAAUCCAGAGCUAAACUUCCUAUUGCUGAGCUAAAAGAUGAUAUAUUGCGCCUGUUGAAGGAGAACAAUGUUCUUGUUGUUUGUGGGGAGACGGGUUGUGGAAAGACUACACAGGUUCCACAAUUUAUCUUAGAUGACGUGAUCGAAGCAGGACGAGGUGGACAUUGUAAUAUUAUAUGCACACAGCCAAGGAGAAUAGCGGCCAUAUCUGUUGCUGAACGAGUUGCCGAUGAGCGAUGCGAAUCAUCUCCUGGUUCAAAUGAUUCUUUAGUAGGCUACCAAGUUCGUUUGGAUAGUGCUAGGAAUGAGAGGACAAAGCUUCUUUUCUGUACUACUGGCAUUCUUCUGAGAAAGUUCGCUGGGGACAAAGAUAUGUCUGAUCUUACCCAUGUCAUAGUUGAUGAAGUACAUGAACGAUCACUCCUGGGUGACUUUUUACUGAUUGUUCUAAAGAAGCUAAUUGAGAAGCAAUCAAAGGACAGGGUACACAAAUUGAAAGUAAUUCUUAUGUCUGCAACAGUUGAUUCAGAAAUGUUCUCACGAUAUUUUGGCAACUGUCCAGUUAUUACUGCUGAAGGUCGGACACAUCCCGUGUCUACUUGCUUUUUAGAGGAUAUAUAUGAAAGUCUUAACUACCGUCUCUCCUCUGAUUCUCCAGCUUCCAUAAGAAAUGAUACAUCCAAACAGAGGGGUGCUCCUGUUACUAACCACAGAGGGAAAAAAAAUCUGGUCUUAUCUGGAUGGGGUGACGAGUCUUUGCUCUACGAAGAUUCUAUUAAUCCAUAUUAUGAACCAACAUAUUAUGGGAACUACAGUGAGCAAACUAGGCAGAAUUUGAAAAGAUUAAAUGAAGAUGUUAUUGAUUAUGAUCUUCUUGAAGAUAUGGUAUGCCACAUUGAUGAAACUUCUCCUGAAGGUGCCAUACUCGUAUUUUUACCGGGAGUUUCAGAAAUUCAUUUGUUAUAUGAUAAGCUGGCUGCUUCUUACCGCUUUCGCGGUCCAUCAACAGAGUGGCUUCUUCCGUUGCAUUCGUCUAUAGCAUCUGCCGAUCAAAGAAAGGUGUUUUCACGACCUCCGAGUAACAUCCGUAAGGUUAUUAUCGCAACAAAUAUUGCAGAGACUAGUAUAACAAUUGAUGAUGUGGUAUAUGUGGUUGACUGUGGCAAGCACAAGGAAAAUCGUUAUAAUCCACAGCAGAAAUUGACUAGCAUGGUUGAGGAUUGGAUAUCUCAAGCAAAUGCAAGACAGCGACGAGGAAGAGCUGGACGUGUGAAACCCGGAAGCUGCUUUUGCAUGUAUACACGUCACAGAUAUGAUCAUCUCAUGCGCCCGUUUCAGCAACCUGAGAUGCUACGGAUGCCUUUGGUUGAGUUGUGUUUACAGAUUAAAUUACUCUCUCUUGGUAACAUAAGGUUGUUUUUGUCAGAGGCCUUGGAACCUCCAAAGGAAGAUGCUAUCACCUCGGCCAUUUCUUUGUUGUAUGAGGUUGGUGCUCUUGAAGGAGAUGAAGAAUUAACACCUCUUGGGUAUCAUUUGGCUAAACUGCCAGUGGAUGUUUUAAUUGGAAAGAUGAUGUUGUAUGGAGGGAUAUUUGGUUGCCUAUCUCCAAUUCUUUCCAUUUCAGCAUUUCUGAGCUAUAAAUCGCCGUUUGUAUAUCCAAAAGACGAGAGGCAAACUGUUGAGAGAGCAAAGUUGGCUCUUUUGACAGAUAAAUCAGGUGUUGCAAGUGAUUCAGUUAAUAAUAAUAAGCAAUCUGACCAUUUGGUGAUGAUGGUUGCAUAUAGAAAAUGGGAAAAGAUUCUGCGAGAGAGUGGAGGCAAAGCUGCGCAAAGGUUUUGUAGUUCAUACUUCUUAAGCAGUUCAGUAAUGUACAUGAUAAGAGACAUGCGAAUUCAGUUUGGAACCUUGCUGGCAGAUAUUGGUCUUGUCAAUCUUCCGAAAACUUACCAGAUAAAUGGGACAAGGAAAGAUGUGCUUGACAGUUGGUUUUCUGAUAUGUCGGAACCCUUUAAUAUUAAUUCUAAUCAUUUUUCAGUUGUGAGGGCCAUACUGUGCGCAGGUUUGUAUCCCAAUGUUGCUGCCAUGGAAGAAGGCAUUGCUGGGACAGUGUUGGGGAAUCUUAAACACUCUGUUGCUUCACCACAUGGUAGACCUGUCUGGUAUGAUGGAAAGAGAGAAGUGCAUAUACACCCUUCAUCUAUCAAUAGUAACUCAAAGGGUUUGCAGUACCCCUUCCUUGUCUUCCUUGAAAAGGUCGAGACUAAUAGGGUGUUUUUGAGAGAUACUACCAUCAUCUCGCCUUACUCUAUUUUGCUUUUUGGUGGUUCCAUAAAUUUACAACACCAGACUGGGCUGGUCAUUAUAGAUGGGUGGCUAAAAUUGAAGGCGCCUGCACAGACUGCUGUUCUUUUUAAAGAACUCCGUGCAACACUACAUUCCAUUUUGAAAGAGCUAAUUGGAAAACCACAGACUAGAGCCAUUGCUGACAAUGAGGUUAUGAGGUCCAUAAUUCAUCUUCUAUUAGAAGAAGACAAACCCCUAAAGUGAUUAUUAAUGGGCAGUUCCUUCUGACAUGGAGCUUCCAAAGAUAGAAUACAACUCAGAUGCAUUUGUCUUUGCUUUAAAGAAAUGAGAAAAUAACAAAAUGACAAAACAACAUGCUACUUCUGAGUCCUGAAGUUUCUAUCAAUACAUGGGGAAGUUGAAGUCACUCAAAGCUUUGGCAUCUUUACGUGUAUGAAUUGGCUUUAUGAGAGUAUUGUGGUUCAUAAAGCAAAAUGAAACAAGCCUCUAACCGGUAAAGUGCUUAUUAUUUAUGUCAUUAUAUUUAUUGUAAAGACUGAAAGAAAAGACUUCUUCUGGAUCAAUAUAAUAAAUAGGUAGCAGAAAAGAAAAGCAGCACAACUCUUUACAAUAGUCUCUAAUCAGCAUCAAACUGCUACCUCGAAUAUUAAAUUUGUGACUAGAACCCUGCGGUGCUCCUGUUUUACUAAAUGUACAUUUGAAUGUAACUAUACAGAUGCAUUAGUUUAUAAAUAUUACUUAUUAUUUAAA